AUGUACUUGUUGAAGUUGGCUUGCUACCGGCUCAAGCUGGGUAAGCUGAAGAUGGCAACCGCGUCAGUGUUGAGGUCUGCAGAGGUAGGUGUCAGAGUGAGGAGAGGAGCUGAUUGGAGGUGGGGCGACCAGGAUGGAGGAGGUCCAGGCACCACGGUGCCAGGUGCUGAUGAAGAUGGCUGGGUUCGUGUAAGGUGGGACCAUGCCAGCAGGGCAAGCAACUACAGGGUCGGUGCACAAGGAUGUCAUGACUUGGUGAUGAUUGAUCUCUCUCCAACACCUUCAGUGCAGCCUGGAGAAGUUUUGAGGUCCUGCAUUGCGGGCGUCAGAGUGAGGAGAGGACCCGAUUGGAGCUGGGGCGACCAGGAUGGAGGAGGUUUAGGCACCACACGAGCUGAUCCAGACCCAGGCUGGGUCAAGGUCACAUGGGACAACGGCGGCACGAACAGCUAUCGAGUCGGCCGUGGGGGGCACUAUGACUUGAUCGUGGCCCAAGCAAGCUCCCCAAGCUCCCAGCGGAACAUCACGGUGGGGAGCAGAGUGAGGUUCACAGAAGACAGUCGAAACGUUGACUUUGCCGAGUGCCCGGGUACAGAUUUGAGCUUCUCAGUGGGCGACACGUGCACUGUUCAUGAAGUACGUGGAGAUUGGUUCAUCCCAACGAGGUGGAGAAAUCUUUGGGCUCCGCUGAGGGCCGUCGAGCUCCUUGAGACCUCUGACGCGAUGGCUACGCCUAUGGUGCGACCUGGAGAAGUUCUGAGGUCUGCGGAGGUGGGCAUCAGAGUGAGGAGAGGUCCAGACUGGGAGUGGCAUGACCAGGAUGGAGGAGGUCUAGGCACCACGGUUGAAGGUAGUGACCGUGAUGGCUGGGUGUUUGUGAAGUGGGAUGCUCACGGCCGUGAGUACAACUAUCGGGUCGAAAGAAGCUAUGAUCUCAUUGUCGACCAAUCUUCGUUCUUGAGCUCUGCUGAGGUGGGUGUCCGAGUGAGGGCAGCUCCAGGUUGGGAGUGGGGUGAUCAGGAUGGAGGAGGUCUGGGAACCACGGUGGAGGCGAGUGGCCCAGGGUGGGUGAGAGUCAGGUGGGACCACGGCAACACCAAUGGUUACCAAGUUGGUGCCAAUGACACCUAUGACUUGAUCAUUGCCCAAGCGCCUUCAGCACAACCUGGAGAAGUGCUGAGGUCAGCGCAGGCGGGCGUCCGGGUGAGGAGAGGCCCUGGUUGGUCUUAUAGUGACCAGGACGGAGGUGCAGGAGGCCUUGGGAUUACCACCGGUGAAGGACGCCUGGGCGUGAGGGUCAGAUGGGACUGGGACCAUGGCAGCUCAGAGGGCAGGUACAGCUAUCGCAUUGGUCCUCACCGGUUCGAUUUGAUCGUGGUGGGAGUUCCAGGGAGGGAGCAAGCGGACGCAGCAGAGCAAGCCCCAUCCCAUACCACUACUUCAGCGGAGCCAGAUGGAGGCUAUGAUGAGCAGUGGCUAGAUGUGGCAGAAGCGGCCAGCAUGCAAUGCCCCAUUUGUAUGUGUGUCGCACGGAAUGCAAUGGCACAUGACUGUGGAAAUCUCUUCUGUGAGAUUUGCUGGAUCAGAUGGAUGGCCGAAGACAAUCCCACUUGCCCCGUGUGCAGAGAGCUUGGCGAGGGCAUCGUCCGGGCACCGCGCGAUCGACGCAAGAUCUCGAACCUCAUGAUCAGAUGCCAGGGCUGCAAAGAGAGCAUCCGCUUGGCCGACAAGGAGAAACAUGUGUCUCAAUGUCCCAAGCUGGUGCCACGCAGCGAAGGUGAGAUAGGCCAGCAAGAGCUCAGCGAACAGCUCGAUCUGACCUGA